UUGGAUGCCUGCUGGUAUUGACUGGCUGUGUAAAUUGUAAAUAUUGUCAAAAAUUGUGUUAUUUUUUGUUUAAUUUAAAUUGUGGGUGUCGUGUUUUGUACAUGGUGCUUUUCCAAUUUUCGUACGAUGCAUUUUCACCGGUCGGUGGCAAAAUGUUGGGCGAAAACAGGACCGACGUUAGUGUUAGUGUGCGGUCGUUCGUCCGCCAUUGGUUUUCCUCCAGGUGUCGAUGGUCUUGCUAACAAAUACUGAAAAAUUCGUGUAUGGUGAUGUCGUGUUAGAAUCAAGAAAAAUAUGUAAUGUAAUUAACGAGAUGUAGUGUGAUGUGGCCAUGGACGUGGAGGUAAAACAGCGCAAUCGGCGACGAAAGAGGGCCCAGCGUAUGCAGAGGGAGAGUAAGGCUAAUUCUAAGCACCCCGCCGACUCGGGCGAGGAGGAUUCUGAAAGUGCCGUCCUCAGGGAGAAGCCCCAAAGACCUCCUGCUCGUAGGAAAAAAUCCAAGGAACCUAUUGUCGAAGAGGACAUCAUUGAUGGGUUUUCUAUUCUUGCAUUUCGUACUUAUGAUGAUUUAGAGUCUGUGAUAAAACUCGCUAGUAAAGACAUUAAACGUCUUUUGGAAGAUAAAACGCCACGUGUUGAGCACCACCCAAGGCCACAAAUUUCGCACCAUAUCUCGUCUCACCAACAUGUUCAUCUUGAUGCUGGUACCAGUGACGACAGUGGUAGGGCUUCGGAACGACUUACAGGGUCAUCAUUACCCCCCAGAGAUGCUGACAGCUCAAGAGAUCGACUUAGCGAUACGAGUAGUCGGUGUAGUUCUGGUAAAGGAUAUAUCUGUGAUAGCGAGGGAGAUGACGAUAAGGGUUCAGAUGAUAGUUCGGUGAUAUUCGACUCGGCGCCAGCGUCGCGCAAACACGAGUUCCCUGGUGCUCUCCCGCCCAGUUUGCCGCCGACCAAUGGCGCAAGUAAUUCGCCGGUUCCCGCACCCACGCCACCCAACCUACCCACGCCGUCGCCCGCGCCUGCGCAGCAGCCUCCCGUGCCCGUGGCGGCCGCUAUUGUGCCUCCAAUUUCUGCCGCAACCGCGUGCAAAACAGUUACGCCCAUGACGGCUACGCCGGAAACCGCGGCCAUACCCAUGACAGCAACAACUAUGCCGCAAGCGGCUGCAGCUACACCCGUCGCCCACCAUCCACUUUCGGCCGCUCCGCCUCCCGCUUUGGGCCGGACCGAAAGUCCAGCGGUCGCCACGUCCGCCAAUUUGGCCGCCGCUGCUCCCACCCAGCAUACCGCAGCAUCCACAGGAGGUCAUUUCAACCAGUCCACGCCUUAUCAGCCCUUGUACGCACCAUAUGCGACUACGACUUCGGUUAGCUACCCUUCGAGGUCGCCACCUCCCCCGCCCACGAUAACAGAUCGGCCGGCGAUUGUCACGCCCACAACCUCGGUCACACCGACGGCAAUACCAACGACCCUUCAUCAUCCGGCUGUGGCGGUUGUCACCUGUGUCGUGGUCACCGCUGUCGUCUCGAACGUCGCCGUUUCGUCUUCAACGCCCAGUAGCGGUACGUCUUUGACGUCGUCUGUCACCAGUAGUGCCAACCACAGGGAUGUGAUCGUUUGUCGGAGCAGUCCGAAGGUACACAGUCCGGCGAGGGAACGCGAAAGUUACAGCAAUGUAACAAGUUUAAGUAGGAGCAGUGUCGUUACGGCUCCUCUGACGUGUCCGCCUUCUAUAACGACCGCGUCAUCUUCUAGUCUGAUUACCAUGGGUGGUAAACCGCCUUGGUCGGGAAGCGUAACGUCCCAGCUCAGUCCGGUGCCUCCUCGACCCGCUCAUCCUCCGCCACCGGCUCCAGUGCAUUCGUCGUUCCCCCAGCCCAUGUUCGCCGCCCCGUUACCGCCCACUGUAACGAGGGCCAGUCCGUUGACGUCGUCACUGUCGAAUCAACCACCCCCUAAUCCAUUUUCUGCUGAAAGUCUCUUUCAAACAAAUCAAACCGAUAUGCUUCGACGUGAAUUGGACAAUCGGUUUUUGGCGGCCCAGGACCGGACUCUGAACGUGGGACCGCCUCCUUAUUUACGCACAGAGAUGCAUCAACACCAGCAUCAUCACACUCACGUGCAUCAACAUACUACAUCGAUCCUUCCACCUCCCCCAACGGCUUCCACUCUGUUCCCCUCACCAAUUUUCAAAGAUAUACCAAAGUUAGGCGGUAUUGAUUCGCCAUUCUACCGUCAAAACCUGGGAUUGCCAAGUUAUCCCAGUUAUUCUCCGAGUCUUCUACAUCCGGGACUGACCGGGCCUACUCCGUUUAUGCCUCCCAAUCAUGUACAAUCAUUUCAACCGAAGCCCCGCCUUCCGCUUGACCCCACCAAGUCUAAAACCAUGAAAACGGGAAAAUGGAACGCUAUGCACGUCAGAAUAGCGUGGGAAGUAUACCAUCAUCAGCAGAAGGAAGCGAAAGGGGCGGGGGCAGUAAAACCUGACUUACUUCGGACACCCUCUCAUCUGUUUCCUCCAAGUGCUGCGUCCGCCUUGUCUAGACCUCACGAUUUGGCGUUCCCGCCAACCCUCGCGGGUCACAGACCUUCACCUUACGACCAACAUCAUCCAGGAUCCAUCUUCGGAUCGGCAGCUUCUCAUUUAGGUAGGAGUGCAAUAUCGCCCUUCGCUCGUUAUGGUUCGGCAGCAGGAUUCAAUUCGGGAAGUUCAGCAUUCCUAGUUUCGUCAAGGGAGCUCUCCAUGGGACCCUUACACGACCCGUGGCGAGGUUUACAGCGCACAGUUCCGACAUUUCACCACCCCAGUGUGAACGCCUUGCCUCCAACAGUGUCAGGUCUUGCACCACCUGCACCGUGGACUUUAAAACCUGACCCUGUUCUUGAACAGCAACGUGAACGGGAAGAAAGAGAACGAGCUGAACGGGAGAGACUUAGACGAGAACGGGAAGAACGGGAACGCAGGGAACGGGAGGAGAAACAAAGAAAGUUAGAACAACAGCAACAAGAACAGCGUGAACGGGAACGUCGUGAGAAAGAGCGCCGCGAGAUGGAACGUCGAGAGUUAGAGCGCCAACAGGAACGUGAAAGAAUGCUCCACCAGCAGAGAUUGGUGGAAAGUAGUAAACAACUGAUGUCGUCUUCUGUGAUGCGUGACCGUUCUCCCUUACGUAACGGCACUCUCGAUCAUCACGGCGAUAUACGUGUGAAGGAGGAGCCACGUAUAAAAGAGGAGGACCGGUACAAUCCGUAUGCCCGACCCUCGCACAAUCCCAUGACGUCCACCCAUUUACCUUCUGUAAUGGAUAGAUCGCGGGUUCUACCGCCUACCAUUCCACCGCCUUACGCACCAGGUCCGCCCACAACAGCUCAUUGGCCUCCCCACUCCGCCGACCCUUACUAUCGCGCUUAUGAACCGCUCCGUUACAAUCCGUUAAUGGACGCGGCGAUACGAGCAGAGGAGGAGCGAGCGAAACUGUUUGGUAUGUAUCCGCCUCCCGCGCCGCCCGCUAAUCUUCGACCAAAAGAUCCGGGUGGUUUGAUGCAUCUGAGAGCGAUGCCCGGUCCUGGACCGCCGUUAACCGUGACUGCCGCGCACAAAAUGUGCAACACCGCGCCCCCUCCCAACGAUAUACACAAGAAGGAGGAGCCGCGAUAGCGACGGCUUACGCACGCGCACGUAGCUACGAACGCUGUACAUGAUCUCAUUUCGUGUGACGUAAAGAGGUAGUGAUAGAAGGAAAAGGGCGGAGAAAGAGUGAAAGCAAGAAAGAUAUAGAGAAAGGGACCUGAUAAAAGGCGGGUUUGUAUCCAUGUUAAUUCAAUGUACGUAUGUCACAGUAAGUAACGAAGAAGAAGAUUUUUGACCAGUAAUUUUGUAUUGGCAAAUUAAAAUAUGUCAUAUUAGUUUGACGCAGUUUUCUAAAAGAAAAAUUUAAUUUUACAGCUGUCUCAAAGCUAACGUUAUUAUUUAUUUAUUUAACAUCGUUUGGUGUCAUCUUAACUGAUUUGUGAGCUUUGAGUUACAGAAGUAAAAUAAUUAUGUAUAUUUUUAAUUGCGUAAUAGUGAAGGUGAGUCAUAAAAGAUGCCGUAGUUUCUUAAAAGCCAAUUUAAAAGUUUUUGCCUCAAUAAAUUCGAGCUAAUUAAAGAUGAAAUGUAAAACUAUUAAAUUAACUUUUUGAUUAUUAUUUUUUAAAUAACUACAAUUUUAUAUCCAAACUUACUCUAGAAAAAAAAAUAGUUUAAUAUCCGAAACAUUUUUAACGUUUUCCUUUUGAAUACCCAGUACAACUUUGGUUAUCUUUUUAGUUGUAGGCUUUUAUUCGUUGUCACUAUAGCUAAAGGAUAUUUUAUAGUCAUGGGCACUGCGGUGUUUUUUGUGAUUCGCCCAGUGUAUACAUUUGUUAUUAUUAUUUUCACUCAAAACUAAUAAGUAGUGAUGUUUUUUUUUAUUUACAACAAUUUAAACGAUACACAGUACAUAAAAAAAAGAAUCUUUAAAUUGAAUACACGAUAUCAAAAAUGGAAAUUAAAUUACGUGGCAGAUAAUAGGGGUUUAACUUGAAAGGAUAAUAAGUGAAUUUGUCGAAAUUUUUGAGCAUAUCAUUCCUUCGUGAAAUGAUUAGGUACAUAAGCUAAGAGAUGAUAAGGCUUUAGCCUUUUAAUAAAAGUAUUAUUUUUCAUAAUAAUUAAUAGAACGUGAAAAGGCAGAAUAUCGUGUAGAAAAGAAAACGUGAAACGUGGAAAGUUGAUUAAAAAAGGAAAGGAGAAUGGGCUGGAUUAUUUAUUGGACAACCAACGUAAAUUAUGUAAAUUAUGCACUAGGUAUUUAAUCAGAAGAUUAAAUUUUAAAUAAUUAAAAAUUAUUAGAUUUUAGUAUUAAAUCCGUCAUGAUUUAAUGAAUGAAUGUGAUGAUUUCUUCUUGGAUGUUCCUUGGCAUAUAGUCUAGUAAAAUUUUACUUAAUUUAGAUGGUAUUAAAAUUCUUGCACUGUCUUGUUUAAUGUUGAGUUCAAUGGUACAUGUAAAAAUUUCAAAAAUAUUUGAUUGUCUUUCCAUAGUACUCACCGUCAGUGUGAAUGUUAAAAAAAUAUUUUUUAGUACUUAACCAAUAGUGCAGGUAAUAUAAUUGAUUAUCUACAUAAGAUAGAAUAUUAUGGAAAAAAAAUAUUAUUACCCACAAGUGUAUAAUUUAAUUUAUUACAGUUGGUAAGUGAAUUAAAUAUGCCCAUUUUCCUUUGAACAAUGGGACCUAAUUAAGCAAAAUAUUUUUCUUCGUUGGUAGAGAAAAAAAAAAGUAAAAUACUUUGAAAAUUAGACUGCGCUUGAAACAUACUUGCGAAAAUAUAUAAUUUGUAAAUAAACUAGCUACACAUAUUGUGGGGGCUUUUUCUACAUAAACAGACAGGAAAUAUUCCCCAAAAAAAUGGUCCUCUAGCCAUGUGAUCUUAGCGACUCUCCCGCCGGACUAUGAUAAAAGCGAUUUAAAAAAGUAAAUAAUGUAUAUUUAUUGCUUUAUUUAUAGUAUAUGUAUAUGUUAGCUAUUUAUUAUUUAAAGACUGACCGUUGGGAUCGAACAUUGUAAAUAACUUAAAAAA